AUGCCGCAUGUCACCCCCGGUCUACCGAGCUGGUCGAUCGACUUCGCAUGCUCCAACCGUGUAGGCAAGCGCCAGCUGAAGUGGUGGAAUCACUCGCAUCGAUACAGGCAGUUCUCGGCAGGUGGUAGAAUCGAGCGCGAACAAGAGCUCGAGAAGGGAGGCUCGGUACCGAAGGUAUCAAGUGAUUGGACUUGUUUAUCCUUACCAGGUCUGCUGGUCGACCAAGUAGAGCAAGUCAACAGCGUAUACGAAGUUUCUGAUGAGGAGGACCUUGACUAUCGGAAGAUACGGGACAUAAUGUCGGACGCAAGACAACUAGUGAAAGGACGAGAUAGCUAUAAACGUGAUCCGGCACAGUCGUGCGAAGCCCUGUGGCGGACCAUGAUCAGUGAUCUCGUCAUGGCUGAGUAUCCUAUCGAACGAGCGAAAGCAACACACGCUUCGGAAUUUCUCGAGAUCGAACGCGCACUCAACAAUGAACAAUUCUCGCAACAAGGCCACCAGUCCAGUUAUUCUCCACACGGAAUGAGCGGGCUAUUUGAAUCUCUCUGUGGUAUGGUACCGAAUCAUGCUUUCUUCAUUACAAAGAGAGGUUACCUCGGUAUGGGCCCGCCUACUACCUCGCCGGGAGACCAGAUCUGGGUCUUUUAUAACGGCAACGUACCAUUUGUCAUGCGGAAAAGAAACACGGAAGAAGUCGAGAAUGGAUAUCAUGAGCUUCGUCUUGUUGGAGACGCGUAUGUACACGGCAUCAUGGACGGCCAGGCUAUCUCAGGCAAGCAUGUCACUCAGACAGCUCACAUUUACUAA